GUCAUGCAACCAACCAACACGGGAAGCUGCCCGAGCGAACAAGCGCAACCGAUGUGACAUGAGCAACAUCCAACUCAUCCAGACUCUGACCGAGUCCUUCAUUGCGCUCUCGGAUGAAGUCCAGUCGCUGAUUGACCGCAAGACAAUUUUAGAGCACAAAUUGCGUUAUGCACAUGAACAGUACCAAUACCUAGCCGACAAGUACGCGCCAGCCGUGCCCGAAGUCGCCGAGACGCUUGUAAAGCUACAGCUACCUCCAGACUUGCACCAGCCUGUCGCGGCAGCAACCUCGGCGGUGCCCUUACCGAAACGUAGCCAGCCCGGGAACAGUCAGCAUCAGGUCGCGCUGCUCAUCAGGGCGGGCCGCAAAGCUGCUCAGGAACUCGUGGCCGGCAUCGCCAGUGCGAACCAAGGCGGGGAAAUCGGGGAGGGCGACGGACAGUCAGCGUCUCCAGACAUGGAUAUCUUAACGUCGGUGUCGACCGUCCUCGAAAAGGACUUCACCGUUGAAGGCAAGAAAGGCGUGCUAGCCUGCCCUUUCUCGGCCCAGCCGAAUCAAGACGGCGGCCUUCCCGAGGGCGCUGAGCGGGUCGACGGUUCUCAGGACCCAGCCAGCGCAGCCGACCCCUCGCCGCACAAGUCAUCUGACCCCAUCUGCGCUGCCAUGCUCAACGAGACGGCCGAUCCGUCUGAUUCUGCUCCGUCCAAGUGCCCGAUUCGUUUUCUAGACAAGCAUUCGCCCGAAGAGAUUGCCCACUACGUUGAAACGCACAAGCAUUCGAUCCCUCGAAGCCAUGAGGUCUGCGUUAGGCGGUACCAGAAGAACGAGGAGCAGAUCAAGAAGCUUGAUGCCAAAUACGGGAGUCUUGUGAACAUGGUCAAGGACCUGAGCCAUCUCCACCGUCCUAUGAUGCCGCCCUCGCAGCAGGAGCAGAAAGAAUCCGACAGAGCGUCCAACAAGAGAGUAGAGGAUUGGACGCAGACGGUUGUGGCAGGUGAUCCGGAGCCAGAUGAAGAAAUGCCAGUAAGCGAUGAGCGCGAGGGCCGCUUUGACCGCCCCAUGAGGGACGUGCGGGUCGGAGAAUCGCCCAGUCGACCAUGGGGGAUAUCAGUACCCUUGGAGGCCGGACUUCAGCAGCGUGGACCAUCACCCAAGCCUGCCGACGACUCUGCGCGGGCGCCCAAAGAACCGACGGCCCCUCGGAAAUGCCCGUUUGAUCAUACGAAGAUGUUCGCGGGAGCAAAGCCGGAGCAUAUCGCGGACACUCCGGUCAAGCCGCCAGCCACCCCGCACAAGGUCGAGGCGCCGCCACCGAGCACGCCGCAGCCCACGUUCGUCAACCUUCCUGAGGUGCCGGCGCCGGCUGGGGAGAAGGGCGAUCGCCCACAGGUUAUUUUCAACAUUUCCGGCCCGGUCUUUAUCGGUUACCCGAUGGAGCAGGCCAUGGAGUUCAUGAAACAGUUUCAGGGAAACCAAUGACAUCGGGGCUGGCGGGGUUCAGUGAUUUCUUACGUGCUUUAUGGGUAUAGUUAGCGAGCAAGGCGUUCGGGUAGCGGACUGGGGAUACCACCUGGCUGUUCUGGGAGGUAUUUCGUCGAUGGCUACAGCAAGAUAUACUCCAACACAAUGUUUAUUUGACUUUUACAGAUUGCAUAA